CAAUCAAUCAAAUACUAUAUUACCUUGAGCGAGAUUUUAUGUUGUGAUUAAUUGCUCCAAUACCAAAACCGAACCAUCCCUACAAGUUUCGUGAAAGUGGUAAGAAGGGCCGAACCACAUGACUUGGGCUUAAACCUACCAGCUAGCCUACAUGUGUACGUUUGUUUUUUCACCCUAAAAAUGGUUUUCCCGCCUAAGCCACCGUUACUAUUUUCAUGCCAUAUUUUCCGGUAAGAUAUCUUUAUCAUGUCCAGAGUGACUUUCCAAAGUUCUCAGGAGAUCAACGAGAAAUAAUAAAAGGAGAAAUGCACAAAAAAUAUUACUGCUAUUUGAGAAGUAGGGGUUAGUCAAAAUGGACUCCCCUGAACCUUCCUCAAAGACCGCUACCAUUAACUCUACAAUCAACCCCACACAUGCCGAAGACUCACCUGUCUUCAGUUAUAUUAGCAACCUCUCUCCCAUACAACCUGUCAAGGCCGCUCCAGUUGUGCAAGGUUUCCCAGGGCUGAAUUCUCCUCCUCUUUUAUUUACCUCACCUCGAGUUAGUGCACAUAGUCGAUUGAGAAGGAGCCAGUUUCCUCAACUAUCCAGUGAAGUGUUUUCUGGGAAGAAUGAGGAUAAUAACAAUGCUAUCACAGAUUCAGAUGGCAAUGGAGCAUCUGUUUCUCAAUUGAGAAGUGAACUAAGCCCUUCUGUUCAGAAAGUAUCUGAUAAUAACAUAUCUGUGCCCGAUGAAAGUGGGAGUCUCAUAAGAUGUGUGGAUGAGUUCUUAGUUGAUGUUUCGAAUUCAGAGUCUGCUAAUCCUUCAAAUUCAACUAAUCCCAGCCCAAAAGUAGCUGAUAAUAUUCCUCAAUCACCAAAUAGUGCAGCGGAAUCUGUUGCUGAUUUUGCAAGUAAGGAUGCAAGAAAAGACGAGAUUCCAAAAGAUGCUGCCCGUGUUGUUGUAGAGCAAGCUGAAGAGGAGAAUAAGGGAAAGUCUUCAUCUGAUCAGAAAGAUAAUGGGAUUUACAAUACCAGUACUGAUUCUGAUCUGCCAUCUCCUGAUUUAUGCACAAAGAUUGAGCCUGACUUGCCUGCUGAUAAUUCAUUGCAUUAUCAUUGUAGUGACCGUCAGAUGGCUCAGCUUUCACGGGCUGACCAUGCUAUGUUGGAUGAGGCUUCUGAUAUACAGACCGAACUAUUGGAGAAUGCACAUGAUUGCAGAAAUGAUAAUGAUAAGAUUAACUCAAUGUCAAGUGCACCAGAUGAAUGCAUAAUGCAACAUGAUUCUCAAACCAAGGCUGGUCAAUAUCAAAGUGGAAUACGUAGGCGUUGUCUCCAAUUUGAAGAUGCUCAACGGAAGAUAUCACCAACUAGCGUGGGUUUACAGAACGCUUCAGAUGUUGUGAGCUGCUCAAUACCACCUGUCAGUCCUGCUGUCAUAGAGGUCAUAGCAUCAGGUUCAUCAAAUAGAUCAUCAACUGCAAGCAGUAGGCCAUCUACCCAACUGACAUCUUCUUCUGACAAUUUUGGAAGCUUUGCUGUUAAAGUUCCCAAGCCAUCUGGUAUUGGCUUGCACUUAAAUAGUAUAGCUAUGCAAGCUGGUUCUCGUGGUUCUCGUGCAACUGUAAGCGUGAAAUCAGCUGAGAGGGGUAACUUGAGCAUAUCUGGGAAGAAGUUGAUGUCCAUGAUGAGCUGUCACCCUUCUGAGAACCUAAAGAGUUGCUCGAUAUCUUCAAAUGUGGUUGGGAGCCAUUUGACUAUCGGUGACAAUGAUGGUGAACAUGAAAGUUAUGGGACGAAUGCAGAAAGUGCUGCCUCUUUGCAUCUUAAUGCUGCAAAACCUUUAAACAACACUGUGCUCUUGAAGCCAACGGAGCAUACUAUAAGUCACAAAAGGAAGUCUAGCUCCGAAUAUAUCGACAGCCCUAUGAACUACAAUCAGUCUAGUCCCAAAAAGAAAAGGAAGAAACCCUCAGAUGCCUAUGAUGGUGAUGGCUGCAAAAGAUGCAAUUGUAAGAAGAGUAAAUGCUUGAAACUUUAUUGUGAUUGCUUUGCCGCUGGAAUAUAUUGUGCGGGGUCUUGUGCUUGUCAAGGUUGCUUCAACAGACUUGAAUAUGAAGACACGGUUAAUGAUGUGCGGCAACAAAUCCAAUCUCGGAAUCCCCUGGCAUUUUGUCCAAAAAUUGUGCAGCAUCCCACUGAUUCCCCUGCAAGUAUUCUUGGGGCGGAAGGAGCAAGUUUUACGCCUCCCUCUGCAAGGCACAAAAGAGGUUGUAGCUGCAAGAAGUCAAUGUGUUUGAAAAAGUACUGCGAGUGCUAUCAGGCUAAUGUUGGAUGUUCCAGUGGAUGCCGUUGUGAAGGAUGUAAAAAUGUCUAUGGUCUAAAGGAAGGUAUUAGCAACAUAACUUUUCCUGCUAACUUGCUGAGCUAAGAGUGUCUUUCCUAC